AUGAGCGACAGAGGGGCUGCUUUAACAGCUGCUAGCGAGGGGCCAAAUUUGGGGCAGGAUGCGGGGACUGACAUGUCGUCCACAACCCUGCUGCGGCUCCUCGGAGGCGUCGUCGUGGCCAUCAAUUGUGCAGACCAGGGCGCCGUGUCGGCUGUGGAGACAUGGAUCGCAUCAGUCGGCAGUGAGCACACUAAUCGGGCGUGGCUAGAUUGGCUUACCCUAGCCGACGGAGCAUUUCCUGCGGACGGUGGUGACAGCAUCGGUGACAACACUCGCCAUGCGGACGCGACCACAUAUGCACGGCACCUGGUCCGUCUCACGGUCGCCAUCGGCCAUCUCCGCAAUGCAUCACGGCACAAUCUACCUAUGCCGCCCGAGACGCUGGGACACGUCUGGGCCAUUGUGCGCGACGCUCUCACGGGCACCCUAGACACGACGAACACCGCAGCAUCCGAGACUGGCACGACUCAGCCGCUGGGUGCUGCCAUGCGCAGUUCACAGGGAUUUCUAAACGUACCACUGUGCAGCAUCGUCAAGGACGGCAACAUUGACGAACUGAUCCGCCUACACGUGUGGCUGCCCGGCAAACGAUCCCCGGCGAACGCCGCGAAGAACGGCGAGGCGGGCGCUUUCGCCGUACACUCGCACCAGCCGUUUGCUCAGAGCUGGAUCCUUGCCGGCGAGGGCACCGACCACCCCUACACCGCCGAACCCGUCGACACCGCUGGAGACGCCACGCAUGCACGCUAUGCGCUGUCCUGGACGGGCCCUGUGGACCGCAAGGGACAAAGGCAACGACACCGACACCGACACCGGCACGCACCCCUGGCGCCCGUCCGCCACGGGCCCGGCAGCACCUACACCAUCCCCGCCGCCGCGUACCACUGGACCGAGGGGCCCCCCGGUGCCCUCCACGCGACGCUGUUCUACUUUGAUGCCAGCCGCGGCUUUGUCCGCGACGCCGACGUGCUGGGCCCCGUCGACGGCGACGAACACACGCAGGUCCGGGAUCCGGCGGGCGUGACGGCGGCGGCGCUGGCCAGCACGGUCGAGCGUGUGCGCCAGUGGGAGGCGCACAUGAGCCGUGCGCGGGCGCACGCGCGGCGCGCAGACUGGGAGCCCGCCCUGCACGAGCUGGACAAGGCGCUGGCGCUGACAGUGGAGGCGGACGGCGGGGCCGGCAAAAGCGCCGACGACACGCCUUUCCCCAAUGCAGCACACUAUCAAUGUAUCCUGCACGGCGAGAUGGGCAGCACCAACCGCCGCUUUGGUCGCUACGACGUGGCGGCGGGCUUCUUGGAAGCAGCACUGGCCGAGAUGGCGCGGGGCGAAGCCAAGGACGGACACGCAACCGGACGGCAGCGGCUCGAGGUCAGCGGCGAGCUCGGUGUGGUCUACCGCCACAUGGGGCGGCUGCAUGAUGCUGAGCGCGUGCUGCAGAUCCAGUACACGACGGCCCUGGCUCUGGGCGCCGACGCGGCCGCGUGCCGCGCCAUUGGCAACCUCGGCAUGGUCAACUAUCAGCUGUCACAGGAGGAUCCACCACGCCAGGGUGGCCAGACCGAGACACGCAGCGAGGACCGCCUAACCACGGCAAUCGAGCAGCUGCAGGAGCGCGUCGCACGGGCGCGCCGCCUCGGCAGCGGCCCGCAGGCAGCGCUGUGGGAGGCCAUUGGUCUGCAGCGACUGGCGCUGUGCUACGCCGCCACGGGGCGGCCGGGCGACACGCGACGUGGUGUGGAGUGCGCGGAGGCCGCCUUUGCGCUGACUGCCGAAUCGCCCGACCCGACGGUGGUGGCAUUUUCGAGCCUGUUCCUGGGCCGCGCCCUGGUCGCGGACCAGACCGAGCAGACGACCCACGCCGACCGCGUGCGCGCGGCCACCUAUCUGUCCGGCGCAUGGCUGCCGGCGGGCUGCUGCACGCCUGCCAUUGCGCUGUGCAAGGAGCCAUCGGCCGAGCACCGGUCGUACCUCGCCGAGCUGAUUGCUUUUGUGGCGUCGCACGCGGAGGGGGCCGGCCUCGACGCCGGCCUCGACGCCGUCGACGAGAACGGGUACACGGCGCUCGACUACUGCGUGUUCAACGGCGACGGGGCGACCGAAGCGCUCGUCGUCGAGGCCCUCCACCGCCAGCUGCAUGCACGCGCCGACGCGGCCCUGGCAGAGCGCCGCACCGAGGCCCGCCUGCGCAAGGGCUACCGCGAGCUCUUCCAGGACGUGAUGCGGCCGGUGCUGUUGGGCGGCACCCGAGACAAGGACAAGGGCGCGUCCGCGGCGGACACCCUGACACGGCUGCGCCGCGUGUACGCCAGCGCGCUUGACGCCUCGCCGGCGUCGCCCGGCUACCGCGGCGUCUUUGACGACUUCAAGUGUGUGCCCUACCGUGCGUUUGCCGCGGCCGGCCACCUGCCCGGCGGCGCCGACAACCUCGCCCGACGUGUUGCGGCCCCCGUGGACGGCAGGACGGGCGAGGGCAGCCCCGAUGUCGUGGACGCCGUCGACUACGUCGUCUUCAUCUCGUACCGCUGGAUCAACGUCACGCGCGACGCCACGGCGCCCGACGACGCCGCGCACACCCAGUACCGGCGCAUCUGCGCGGCGGUCGAGGCCUUUUUGCACCUGCACCCCGACGUCACGGAGGACCGGCUCGGCCUCUGGAUCGACCACGCUUGUGUCGACCAGGCCAACCCCGCGCCCGGCAUCGCGGCGCUGCCCAUGCUGGUCGCCCAGUGCAACGCCGUCAUCAGCCUGACCAGCGCCGACUACUACGACCGCGCCUGGUGCUCGGUCGAGGUCAUGAUGGCACAGGUGCUGUGCCGCGCCUACGGGCUGCACGCAUGGUACGAGCACGUCGUCGACGCGGACGGCCACGGCACGCUGCGCCCGGGCCCCAUGGACAUUGAGAUCAACAUGGCCCACAAGGUCUUGGCGUUUGAGUCGGACCGGCCCCGGAUUUUGUUCUUGGAGCGGCAAGCCAAGCUGCUGGGAUGA